CAUAAUUUCCAGCGGACAACACAACGCUUCGUAAGUAUACACUGAAGUAUAUAAAGCUACCUAUUAUCCUUCAAUUUCCCUAACCUGGUAGAUGAGCUAAUUGAGGAUGCAAUAACUAAAGACAGUCGUAUCUAGUUUUGUUAGGUGCUGCAUACUAGAUCAUAAUACCAUGUCUGCGCCAUCACAAGCUGGGGAGGUAGCCCCUAAGAAGACCAAGGAACCACGCAAUACACGUAUUACGCAGCAGACACUUCCAGCGUGCAAGCCUGUGCUCGAGCCUUUAUGGGUCGUGUUCAUUUUCCUUGCUAUCGGAGUGGUGCUGGUCCCCAUCGGCGCCGUCUGCCUCAAUUAUGGCCUCAAGGCGGUGGAAGUUGGUACACGGUACGAUCAAACGUGUGUCCCUGGCAAGUCCAACGCUGAGCGGGAGCAGUAUAUCCUGCAGAAUGCUGGCAAUGAGAGUGCCCUAUCGUGUACUGUGACAUUGCGGAUAGAGAAGGACAUGCGUGCACCGGUGUACGUUUACUACGAGCUUAACGGGUUCUACCAGAACCACAGAAGAUACGUGAAGAGCCGCAGCGACAUGCAGCUCGCCGACCAGAGCAAAAACCUUGCUACCGGCCUGUGCGACCCCGAGGAGUAUCUAGGAGGCAACAAGAGCAUGAUGAUUAACCCCUGCGGUCUCGUCGCAUGGAGCUUUUUUAACGACACGUACACGAUGACACGGCUUCCCAACGGCAGCACCUCGCCGUCGCUGCUGGCCGUGACAGACAAGAACAUUGCGUUUGAGUCGGACCGCAAAUACAGGUUUGCGAACUACACACCUCACAACUUUAACCCCGCGCUCGACUCGCUGCGCGGCGGCUUCAACCUGUCCGUGGAGUCGGGUGGCGCAACCCCCAAAGAAAACGAGCGUUUCAUGAACUGGAUGCGUAUCGCGGCUCUGCCGCGCUUCCGGAAACUCUGGGGGCGCAUCGACAGCGACCUGAAGGCCGGGGACACCGUAACAAUCACGGUUUACAACCGCUACAACACCUACAAGUUUGACGGCCAGAAGUCUAUAUACCUGGGCACCACCACAUGGCUGGGUGGCCGCAACCCUUUCCUGGGCAUCGCCUAUCUUGCGACGGGCGGCCUGAGCUUUGUGCUUGCGGUGGUCUACUUCAUCCUGCGCCUCAUAAAGCCGCGCAAGUUUGGCGACCCGUCGUCGCUGUCCUUUAACCGUCAGCCCGGGGCGUCAGGUUGAAUAAUGCUAAAGAGCUAGAUGCGGUGAUUAGCUGCCGGAAGGUGUAGUACGUUACUAGCUACUUGUACAUAUGACGGUAACCUAAACGUCUAGCAUUAGCCGCGCUCUGUGACCCAUGGUUCUUGUCGCCCUUAGUCGCGUGGGAGUAUGGGAGUUUGGUUGACCGUCUAACACCCAUCGGUUUCUGUCCGUGUUUGUUAUUGGAUUCCAUAGCUUUUGUGGUGUUUUGUAUUUCAUGCAAUCAGGCAGAAGUGGGGCGUAAGAUCGGCAGUAACUAUACGGCGCUGGAUUUAGUCCUGGGGAGGUCAAGAGAUGGCGAUCGGUGCAGCCUUAGGGAUGGUAAGGCGAGAUUCGAUGUGCCGAGGACUUAUAGCCAGAGCGGUGAGGUACGCCACAUCCAACAGCAUUGUAGUGGCUUUGGGCCUACUGACCAAUAGGCGAGCACGCAGGAGCGACCACUGGCCUUAAUAGGAGAGGAGGGGUCAAAAGCCUAGACCGUUAUGUUGGGACACGCUGUCCUCCAUGACAUUCCGUCAUGGGCGCCUUCUUUGUGAGUACAAGCUGACUGGUGAUGUGGAUGUGGGGCUACCGGUAUUUAACUCUUGCGACUGCUAGCUGCGCAAAGCAGAUUACAAAGGCUACGGUCCUCUUGCGCACACAAGCCCCAAAACACAUU